AUGAUAGAAGAGGCUGAAAAAGCAUCCUUACCAGAAGUGAGUUCUGAUUUACGCAAAGCAAGAGACACACUGGAAAAUCUUGGAGGCGGACGUGGAGGAACUAAAACUGUUGCGGGUCUGCGUGAUAAAUUGAAUGAAGCAAUGAAAGGUAAAGACAGAAUCGUGUUGGAGAAAGUCAUCAGUGAAUGUGUGUCAGCCGGGAUGCCAGAAUUGGCGACUGAUAUCCAAAAAGCUCGAAGCAUAUCUGACAUUCUUCAGGGUGGCACUGGAGAUGUGAAAUCUGCAGACACUUUGCGUGACCAACUGACCAUGGCUAUCAGGCAAAAGGACAUUAAGGCUUUGGAUAAAGCCAUUGCAGAAGCUGAGGUAGCCAGAUAUCCGGAGAUAGCCUCUGACCUUCGUAAAGCCCGGGAUUCUCUCCAGAAACUCGGUGGCGGUCAAGGAGUACUACGUGACGAACUAAGAAAGGCAAUGGAAGAUGGUGACAGAGAGAAUUUGGAGGGUGUCAUUAAGGAAUGUGUGGCUGCUGGUAUCCCAGAGCUUGUUUCUCCUAUAGAGAGAGCAAGAAGACUUCUCGAAGACUUGGAAGAAAUGCCGACGAGAGAAUCACUAUGGGUCAGUCCUGACAAUAUACGUGACAAACUGAAGAAAGCCAUCGCCUCAAAAGCUGUAAGUGAUCUGCAAAGUGUAAUACAAGAGGCUGAAAAAGCCGCCCUCCCAGAAGUCAGUUCUGAUUUACGCAAAGCCAGAGACACACUGGAAAAUCUGGGAGGCGGACGUGGAGGAACUAAAACUGUUGCGGGUCUGCGUGAUAAACUGAAUGAAGCAAUGAAAGAGAAAGACAGAAUCGUAUUAGAGAAAGUAAUCGGCGAAUGUGUGUCAACUGGGAUGCCAGAACUAGCUGCUGAUAUCCAGAAGGCUCGAAGUGUAGCUGAUAUUCUUCGUGGUGGCACUGGAGAUGUGAAAUCUGCAGACACUUUGCGUGACCAACUAACUAUGGCAAUCAGACAAAAGGACAUUAAAGCUUUGGAUAAAGCCAUUGCAGAUGCUGAGGUAGCCAGAUACCCAGAGAUAGCCUCCGACCUUCGUAAAGCCCGAGAUUCUCUGCAGAAACUCGGUGGUGGUCAAGGAGGUUAUUCCUAUCUAUCUAUCUAUCUAUCUAUCUAUCUAUCUAUCGCUCUUAUAAACGAAAAACAUUUUCUUGAUGUUAAAUCUGCGUUGAGUCUGCGCGAGCAACUCGCCGAAGCCGUGAAAACAAAAGAUGUGACGUCGUUACAAAAAGCUAUUGAAGAAUGUGAAGCUGCGAGAUAUCCAGAACUGAGUUGUGAUCUAAAGGAUGCAAGGGAAACGCUAGAAAGAAUGGGCGGUGGACGCGGAGGAAAUUUAUCGUCUGAAAUACUACGUGACAAACUAAGAAAAGCAAUUCAAGAUGGCGACAGAGAGAAUUUGGAAAGUGUUAUUAAUGAAUGUGUAGCGGCUGGUAUGCCAGAACUUGAUUCCUCUGUACAGCGAGCAAGAAGAAUUUUCGAAGACUUGGAACAAUUGCCGAGAAAAGAAACACUAUGGGUUAGUCCUGACAAUAUCCGCGACAAACUGAAGAAAGCCAUUGACUCAAAAGAUGUAAGUGAUCUUGAAAGUGUGAUAGAAGAAGCCGAAAGAGCUGCCCUUCCAGAAGUGAGUUUCGAGUUACUCAAAGCCAGAGACACACUGCAAAGUCUGGGAGGCGGACGUGGAGGAAUUAAAACUGUUGCGGGUCUGCGUGAUAAACUGGACGAAGCAAUGAAAAAGAAAGACGGAGCCGUUUUGGAGAAAGUGAUAAGUGAAUGUAUCUCAGCCGGUAUGCCAGAAUUAACGGCUGAUAUCCAGAAGGCUCGAAGUGUAGCAGACAUUCUUCGAGGUGGCACUGGAGAUGUGAAAUCUGCUGACACUUUGCGUGACCAAUUGACCAUGGCUAUCAGCCAAAAAGACAUUAAGGCUUUAGAUAAAGCCAUUGGAGAAGCUGAAGUUGCCAGAUACCCGGAAUUAGCCUCUGACCUUCGUAAAGCCCGAGAUUCUUUACAGAAACUCGGUGGCGGUCAAGGAGGUGCUCUAUCAACGAAAGCAUUACGAGGCAAACUGAUUACAGCCAUGCGGGGAGGUGAUAGUGACAUUUUACAGAAUGUGAUUAGUGAGUGUGUAGCCGCUGGAAUACCAGAAUUGGACCGUGACAUCGAAGAGGCCAGAGGUACUCUCAUUGCUAGGGGAUACGCCGGAGAUCAAGAUGUAAAGUCUUCUGCGAGUUUGCGUGAGAAACUUGCCGAGGCUAUAAAAGGAAAAGAUGUGAAGGCAUUGCAGGAAGCUAUUGAAGAAUGUGAAAAUGCUCGAUAUCCAGAAUUGAGUUGUGAUCUACAGGAAGCAAGGGAAACUCUUGAAAAUUUAGGAGGUGGACGCGGAGGAAAGUUAUCAUCUGAAAAACUACGUGACGAACUAAGAAAAGCAAUGCAAGAUGGCGACAGAGAAAACUUGGAAGGAGUCAUUAAUGAAUGUGUGGCUGCUGGUAUGCCAGAGCUUGAUUCUUCUGUACAGCGAGCCAGAAGACUUCUUGAAGACUUGGAAGAAAUGCCGACAAGAGAAAUUCUCUGGGUUAGUCCUGACAAUAUCCGCGACAAACUGAAGAAAGCCAUCGCCUCAAAAGAUAUCAGUGAUCUGCAAACUCUGAUAGAAGAGGCUGAAAAAGCAGCCCUUCCAGAAGUGAGUUCCGAUUUACGCAAAGCCAGAGACACACUGGAAAGUCUUGGAGGUGGACGUGGAGAAGAAGCGAUUACGUCUUCAUCAUUUAAUUUUUUUCUAAUAUCUCAUUAUCUAUCUACUUAUAUACCAUAUAUUCAUGCUAUCUAUCUAUCUAUCUAUCUAUAUAUCUAUCUAUCUAUCUGA